AUUGCGGUGGAAAUAUUGAUUGCACAGCGUGACUUUGUUGGAUCGAUAGACACAAAAGAGUGUGCGAAUUGUGCUAAAAUCCUCCGCGAAGUCAGUGAAGAGAAUGGCUGGGAAGAGCAAGAAGAAGCGCAACAGCAAGGAUUCAUCCGACGGCCAAGGAGACGGCGAGGAGCAGCGCCGCGGCUCGAAGAGCAAGUCCAAGAAGUCCUCCAGCAAGUCCAAGAGCGGCCGUUUCCAGGGCGACAUCUUCAACGAGGCCGCCAUGGAGAAUGCCUACUUCGUUUGCCACAAUGUUCAGGAUGUGCUCAAGUCGAGAGGCUUCGCGUGGCCAGAGGCGCAGAAGAAGAAGAAGAAGGGCAAAGGAAGAAAGUAAAAAUCACCUUCUCCGGACAUCUAUUUAUAGGCACCAUUUUUUGACUAUUCGCGCGCUCUCAAAUGUACAUCUUCGGUCCAAUUUCACGCGCUGUUAGUGUGUUAGGAAUUCUAGUAAAUUCUCUAUACAUUCAAUACAAAAACCAAUGAGCUUUAUUAAUAAAAUGUUAGGUAAACUCUGAAUUUC